AUGUCAUCCGACAACCCUCAGGCAGACGCCGGCCAGGCAUUUGACUUCUCGUCGUGGGAGAGCCUCCUUAAUGAUCCGUCGGUGUUGCAGCUCGCGCAACAGCUCCAGAGCGACCCCGGUUUCCAGCAGAUGCAGAGCGUUCUGCAACAAAGUUUUGGAGUUCCGCCGGAGUCACCCGGCGCCACUGGCUCGACAGAGGCGCGGGAAGACGGAGACUCGGGGAAGGAGGCUGACGCCACACCUGCGGCCGCUGGGGCUGGCGAUGGGGAGUCGGCGUCGGAACAGGAGGGGCAGCCCCAACAGCCGGGAAUGCCACAGUUCGGAGUGGACCCCGCAAAGGCCAUGGAGGCCAUGCAGCAACUGUAUGCGAGCCCGAAGUUCGUCCAAAUGGCGGAAAAGAUUGGACAGACGAUGCUGCAGCACAAUCCCGUCCUGCGUACUCUGAUGGACCCAGCGCAGAGGGAAGCCAUGCAGGCGAAAUUGGACCAGCUGAAGAAAGACCCCGAGCUGGCACCCAUCAUGAAGGAGCUCGAGACUGGAGACCCGCAGGCUAUGAUGAAGUACUGGAACAACCCCGAAGUGCUCAAGAAGUUUAGCACUGCUCUUGAAGAUGUCAUUGGCCCUGGUACAACGGAUGUGCCUGGCGAUGAGCAAGAGGAAGAAGUUCCCAGCAUGCAGUUCUAUGCUGGGGAAGGGAAUGUGGAGGGCCUGAAGCAGCUGCUCGCACAAGGUGUGGAUAUUGAUGAUAAGGAUGAGGAGGGCCGCACAGGUCUUCACUUCGCCUGUGGCUAUGGCGAGAUGGAGUGUGUCAAAUUUUUCCUGGACAAAGGAGCAAAGAUCGAUUCUGCGGACAACAACAAGAAUACUGCUUUGCACUACGCAGCUGGAUAUGGACAACCAGAAGCUGUGGAAUUGUUGCUAUCAAAAGGUGCUGCUUCGGACACGAAGAACGCUGAUGGCAACGUGCCAAAGGAAGUGGCACAAUUGAACGAAAAGGAAGACAUUGUGAAGUUGCUGGAAGGGAAGUGA